UGGAUUUCAGUGACCUGCCCACCGCACUCUUCGCCUGCAGCGUCCACGAAGCGGUGUUUGAGGUGCGAGAGCAGAAGGCUCGAGAUGACCACAGCCACCCCGCUGGGGGGUACUACCUUCUUCUCAUUGAACGUGACCACCAGAGAACAAGACUUUCUGUACAAGAGCUCUGGAGCCAUUGUUGCUGCCGUUGUGGUCGUUGUCAUUAUCAUCUUCGCCGUGGUUCUGAUCCUGCUGAAGGUGUACAACAGGAAAAUGAGGACCAGGCGGGAACUGGAGCCCAAGGGGCCCAAGCCAGCCUCCCCUUCUGCCUUGGGCCCAAAUAGCAACAGCAGCCAACACCCUGCAACUGUGACCUUCAGCCCCGUUGACGUCCACAUGGAGACUCGGUGACCCCACCCUGGUGCCAGCUUGGCCACCAUCCAAAGAACCUUCUCCAGUCAAGACCCAGAAGCACAUUUCUCCUCUGGCAGCUUCAUUAUGAGUUCCUUCCGGUUGACAGGAUGUCUCUUAUGCAAUUCCUGACGCUUCGGGCAACCCUUAACCCUGUCCUGCCUGCCCUGCCCCACCCUACCUAUGUCCAUAUCUCUGUUACCCCCCCUUCCAAAAAGCUGUGGAACAUUCUAUUGUGAACUGAUGAGGUAGACCCAUGUUGGGAAUCCACUAAAAUGGAUGUGGCUGUCUUCCCCAAACACAAUUGCUAGACAGACAGACAGACAGUCCAGGAGUCUUGGUUAGGAAGCAGGGGGCAUGCCCCGGAGUGUACAGCAGGGUCUGUCGCCGGGGUCAUCUCAGAGUAAGUGCUGUCUAUAUCCACAGCUUUGCAAAGGAUUCAGUCCCGUUAAUCAGGCACAGGGGAACUAACUUGUUAACUUGGGCUGACGUCAACUUGGGCUAACUAACCAGUAAACCAACUUGUUAAUUUAUAACUUGUUCCAGUCCUAGCCGACCACUAGCUAGCUCGUGACAACUGGUCCCCACAUUUCUCUCCCUUUAAGAAAGGUUAUGGGAAAAACUAAAUUCUUCUCAAAAGGUUUCUACUUCAUUUGUAAAGAGUCAGAGAAGGACGAGGGUGACCUUGAGGAAUGGUGGCUUCUAGGGCAAAAGCUUAUUGUGGGGUCCCUGGGCCUUGAGUGAGUCGGACUAGUCAGGCCCCUCUUCUCCCUUUGGGCCUGGGUUACGCCUGACUCAGUCUCAUUUCCCGGCUCUUCUCUAUUUGGAUUCCCAGCAAUCCUCUCUCUCCAGGUAAACCUUCCCUCCAAGGACCAGUAUGAGAGACUGGUGGGAUUACAACCCUGUGUACGUUCCCUGCUCCCUUCCCAGUCACCUUGCAGAGAUUCGGGGCACAUUCAAAGUCCCACAUUCGCAAACCAUGUCUCUGUACAGAGCUGAUCUCUUCGACUCCUUAGCCUGGAGAACAAUCUGUUGAGAGGGGAAAGCAUUUUUGAAAUUACGAAGACUAGUCUUCCAAGACCCGGCCCCUAGUCGUGUGGUCUUGGAAGAGACUUGAGCACUCCCUCCAUAGUGGGUUUGCCAACCACAAGGCGGCAAUGAUGACCUCUGCCUCGAGGGGUUACUCUAGGCAAGGACUUAGUGAAGCAGCUAGUGCCUGGCACCCAGCAGAUGCUUAAUAAAUGAGAGUCUGCAUCGUUAUUACAGUAUUUCUUCAAUUGCAAGACAUCCAUUCAUAUUUAAUGAUUCUGAAGUCAGAAUAUGUCUUAAAAUUGAUGUGUCCAUGAAUGUAGUUGCAUUUUUUCUCUCUCAAAAAGCUGUUUUUUAAACAAUUGUGCAUCCUACAGUUGAAGGCAUCUUAGAAGCAAGGUAAUAAAUCCUUAUCCUGUUAUAGAAAGUGACAUGUACUGACCUUUAAUGUCAAAUUCUAGGAGUCUCUUCCUCUUAGAGUCAGAAAUCUCUUUUGAGGGGAGAUUGAGGGUCAGGAAGGUACAAAGACUGACCCAAGGUCACACAGUCAUGCCAUCCCACUGUAAAAUCACUCUUGAAUACGGUUGGAAAAAUAGUUGCAAAUCCUUCCUCCCCAAACAGCUUGUCCCUACUGUGUUUAAAUAUCCACCAAGUACCAGGUACUUGGCAAGAUGCUUUCACAUAAAUUGUCCAAUAGAAUUUAUUUUUCCUGAUAACCCUGGGAGAUAUUAUUUUUUUCUGUUUGCAGGUGAAAAUUGCAAACUCAAAGAGAAAGGUACCAGCCCAAAGUCCCACAGCUAGUAAAUUGCAAAGACAAGACUCAAACCCACAUCUCUUUGACUCCAAAGUCCCUCUCUCUCUGUUGUACCAAAUUCUUCGCUAACUUCCUGCUCAAAACACAGAAGUGGGGGCCGAACACAAGGAGGACAGGGGUCCAUGCGUCUGAGCACAAGUCAGGAGUCUAGCUUCCAAACUAACAGUGGGACAAAGCCACUCUGGUAGCCUCCUUUGGGUUUCCAUGAUUGGAGCCAAAGGACCACUCUCUAAGCCCAUCGAAGCUCCAAGAGUUCCCAUUUCAUUUCCCCUACCUCUUUGCCCAAGGAGCAAGGAGUGGAAUGGCAUCCAGCCAGAGCAAAGCCAUUCCCUUAAGGACUCAACUAGAUAGGUUCCCCAAAGAUACUCUGCUUAAAAAAAAAUGUUUGGAAUGUUCCAGUCCUAAAACCAAACUCUUCUGCCCAUAGUGAAAUCUUCCUGGAAUUACUUGAGGAAUUAUCCUCUGGUAUACGUUGUUCUGCCAAAUGAAAGCUUGGAAGUGGAGGAGGAGGGAGAGGUAAAGAGGUAAGAGGGAGGCCAAGAAAAGGGUUUUAGUGUUUUGUUUUUACUAAUGAAGAUAACUCAAUAAUCCUUUAAGGGCCCCUAUGUGCAAGUUGAGGUGCUACUAAACAUUACGUCAUGGCCCCCGUUCUCAAAGGGUCUGCAGCUGGUCUCCUGAGAUGGGGAUCUUGCAACGCAGUGGAAUACUUCAUUUCUGACAGGUGCCUUUCCUAACUGAGCAGAUGCUACCUUAUUGGGCCGUGGAGUCAAUAAAAGAUACUAAACAUCUAAAGCACCAUGUCUAAAAAUAAAGAGGUUUAAAUCAAA